CGCAAAAAGGAGAAGAUUCUCGCAUUUCUAAAAAUGAACAAAUUCACCGUCCGCCCGUGUUUCCUUUUCCCGUCUGCAGUUUUUCUCCCAGGCACCGUCUUCUCUUCCUCGCGACCGUCGUCUUACUCCCGUGAUAUUGCCCGUGGAGCUCGCCAAGGUGCGUUACAGAUCAACGUGAACCCGUGGCAAGGGAUCUCAGUCUUUUACCUGUUUCCACUUCUCGCCUGCGUCAUACGACGUCAUACUGCCCCAACGUACGAGCAAACAUCCCCUCCGCCCGUAUUCCCAGAUCGUCACCUCAUCCGCGGUUUCCGAGGGCGUUUUGGUGAAGAUGGCAUACAACGGCCACGGCCAAGAAAAUGCUGGAGGACAUCCGAUGCAGGAUCUGCCUGCUGGCUACCAAAUGACUCCCCAAGAACAAGCAUCCGAAUCCAGCCGGCACCUGCUUAACAUAGAUCCGCGCGCCCCUGGGUAUGACCGUCUCAGCGUUCAAAGCCCUCCUGGGUCUCCCGUCUCGACGUAUUCUCUGACCGAGACGUACGCCACUGAAGCUCCUCGUCUGCUCGCUCCUGGCGUUGGUCCCUACGACCCGCACAACCCGCACAACCCCCACGCUGACUUUGUUCAUCGACGACCCGAUUCAACCUUCCACGACCCCGAGGAGAGCUGGCUCCAGAGACAGCAAGAGCAACUUAUUCCCGGGAAUGGAGAGGGCGGUCUCAGACGCCGGCAGACCCGAAAGGUCAAGCUGGGCAAGGGCUCUGUCCUCAGCAUCGACUAUCCCGUCCCGAGCGCCGUCAAGAACGCCAUCCAACCGCAGUACCGCGGGCCCGAGGGCGAGAACGAAGAGUUUAAGAAGAUGCGAUACACCGCCGCGACAUGCGACCCAAACGACUUUACCCUCAAGAACGGAUACGAUUUGCGCGCCCGAAUGCUGAACCGACACACCGAGCUCCUCAUCGCCAUCACGUACUACAACGAGGACAAAGUCCUCCUCGCUCGAACGCUGCACGGCGUCAUGCAGAAUAUUCGCGACAUUGUCAACCUGAAGAAGUCCACCUUUUGGAAUAAGGGUGGUCCUGCUUGGCAGAAGAUUGUCGUCUGUCUUGUAUUCGACGGUAUCGACAAGGUUGACAAGAAUGUCUUCGACGUUCUUGCUACGAUCGGCAUCUACCAGGACGGUGUUAUCAAGAAGGAUGUUGAUGGUAAGGAGACUGUAGCUCAUAUCUUUGAGUAUACCAGCCAGAUCUCCGUCACUCCACACCAGCAACUCAUCCGGCCCUCCGACGAUAACCCCAAGAACCUCCCUCCCGUCCAGUUCAUCUUCUGUCUCAAGCAGAAAAACACCAAGAAGAUCAACUCGCAUCGCUGGCUUUUCAACGCCUUUGGUCGGAUCCUAAACCCCGAAGUUGCGAUCCUCAUCGACGCCGGCACGAAGCCAAGUCCGCGCUCCCUUCUGGCGCUUUGGGAAGGCUUCUACAACGACAAGAACCUCGGCGGCGCGUGCGGAGAAAUCCAUGCCAUGCUGGGCAAGGGCGGUCGGAAGCUUCUCAAUCCCCUUGUCGCUAUCCAGAAUUUCGAGUACAAGAUCUCAAACGUCUUGGACAAACCCCUCGAAUCCUCCUUUGGGUACGUCACUGUCCUCCCAGGAGCCUUUUCCGCCUACCGAUUUCGCGCUAUCAUGGGCCGUCCUCUGGAACAGUACUUCCACGGCGACCAUACGCUUUCCAAAAUUCUGGGCAAGAAAGGAAUCGACGGCAUGAACAUCUUCAAGAAGAACAUGUUCCUGGCAGAGGACCGUAUCCUCUGCUUCGAGCUUGUGGCCAAGGCAGGGCAGAAAUGGCAUUUGACCUACAUCAAGGCCGCAAAGGGCGAGACAGAUGUGCCUGAAGGCGCCGCCGAAUUCAUCGGACAACGCCGAAGAUGGUUGAACGGCUCCUUCGCUGCAUCUCUUUAUUCACUCAUGCAUUUCGGUCGCCUCUACCAGUCGGGCCAUAACAUUAUCCGACUAUUCUUCCUCCACAUCCAGCUCGUCUACAAUUUCCUCAACGUCUUGUUCACCUGGUUCUCCCUGGCAUCUUACUAUCUCACCACCUCAAUCAUCAUGGAUCUUGUUGGUAAUCCGGUUGUCUCGUCCGGUUACCAUGGUUGGCCAUUUGGCGAUAUUGCAAGUCCUAUUGUCAAUGUGCUGAUCAAGUACGUCUACUUGGCGUUCCUGAUCUUACAGUUCAUCCUGGCUUUGGGUAAUCGACCAAAGGGCUCCCAGUUCACUUACCUUGCCUCUUUUUUCGUCUUCGGCUUGAUCCAGGCUUACAUCCUUGUUUUGACCGUAUUCCUGGUAGUCAAGGCUUUCAGUGAACCCAUCCAGGAUCAAAUUUCUUUCGCAUCUGGACAGGCUGUCAUCGACAGCUUUUUCGGCAGCAAAGGCGGUGCCGCGGGCGUCAUCAUCAUUGCCAUUAUCACCAUCUACGGCCUCAACUACCUCGCCUCCUUCCUCUACCUGGACCCCUGGCACAUGUUCCACUCCUUCCCUCAAUACAUGCUUCUCAUGUCGACCUACAUCAACAUUCUCAUGGUCUAUGCCUUCAACAACUGGCAUGACGUGUCCUGGGGAACCAAGGGCUCGGACAAGGCCGAAGCUCUGCCAUCUGCUCAUACCCAAAAGGGCGAAGGAAAUGUGGCUGUCAUAGAAGAAGUCGAAAAGGAACAGGAAGACAUCGACAGUCAGUUUGAGAAAACCGUGUGGAGAGCACUUGCCCCCUUUAAGGAGGAGGAUGAGGUCGAGAAGCGGGAUCUCGAGGACUCUUACAAGUCCUUCCGAACUGGCCUGGUUGUUUCAUGGAUUCUUUCUAAUAUCAUCCUUGUCAUUUUCAUCACAAGCGAUGACUUUGCCGCACUCGGAGUCGCACCGGCUGCCACGAGCCGAACGCCAAUGUACUUCAGAGUUCUACUUUACUCGACAGCGGCGCUGUCAAUUAUUCGCUUCAUUGGUUUCCUUUGGUUCUUGGGCAAGACUGGAAUAAUGUGCUGCAUCUCGCGAAGAUAGGUUAGACAUGGAUGGUGGGCGCGAAUAGCAAUUGCUUAACAGGUUUGAUGAUGGGUUUGGGUUGAACAAUGGGAAAUUUUGGGAAUAGCUUGUUCUAUACCCUCUAUCUCUGAGCAUACAUUUGGCUAUUCAAAAAGGAAGUUGAGGGAUUCAACUUAGAAGGGUUGUACAGAUAUUGGCACUGCGUGCCCGGUUCGUUUGAGCUUCUAUCAAGACGCGUUUUAUUAUUUGUUAUGAUAACUUGUUGAAACAUGUCAAAGAUCUAAACUGCAUGUGAAAGACCUAAAC